AGAAGCCCAGCCUCACUUCUGUGCAGCAGAACAGAGGAGCCCAGCCCAAGAGAACUGACAGCUCCUGACCAGCCAGCUGCCUGCAGAGACCCGCAUGGAGUUCCUUGAGGACGGCCUCAGCAGCCAGCUUGCAGCCAUCUUAGAAUCUGGCAGUGACACAGAUUCGGAGAAGGAGGAGGAGGAUGAAGAAGAAGAAGGCACGGAGGAGGCUCUUCUCCAGGAGGAGGAGGAGGCCAAGGAGAAGCAACUAGCUGAAUUUGAGCAGGCUUCCCAGGCCCUGCUGGUAGAGCUAUCGACCUUGGAGGAGCAGUAUGAAAUUGAGAAGUCCUGCCGGGAGCAGGCUGAAGCCUAUGCCACUCAGUUGAACAUGGAGAAUCAGAGGAUGAAGCGCAUCAGCGUGGCUUUGCUGCCUGUGCUUGGCCACCUCCCUGGAGACCUGGGCAACGGGGAUGAGAUCACCACGGAGCCGGGGCUGGAUCCUGUGAGCCAGUAUUUGCAACAAAUCAAAGACCUUCAAGCCAAGGUUUUCCGGCUGCUGGAUGAGAAGAAGGAGCUGACCAUGCAAGUGAAGGAGGUCCAGAACCACGCCCAACAGCUCAGCGAACAGCUAGAAGAGGAGCGCUCCGAGAACCAGUCUCUGCAGGCUGUGCUGGAGAAGAACCGGAAGGACCUGAGGAGGCUCAAGCAAGUGUCCCUGCUGGUCACGGAGGAGUAUGGGGAGGUCUCUCGGCAGCUGGAUCUGGAGCAGGAGCUGAGGCAGCAAGCGGAGGCCUUUGCCCACCAGAUGCUGGUGAAGCAGAAGGUGGCCAAUAGGCAGAGUAUCAUCCUGAUGCAGAAGGUGGGGCCGGACCUUCAGCUCCUCCAAGCCCUAGAGGAGGUGGCCAAGACUACCAGGGCACUGGAGGAAGCCAAGCAGGAGCACCAGGCCAAGGUGAAGGAUCUGGAGACUCAGUUGGCAGAACGGCCCCUGCUGGGCGAACUGCAUGACCUCCAGGCUGCUCUGGCCAAGGCCGAGGAGGAGAAAGCGUGCCUGGGAGAGCGACUUCUCCAAACCGAGGAGAGGAAUGCAGCGUUGGAAGAGAGAGUGAAAUCACUGGAAGAGAAGGCAAAGGCCUCCGAUCUGGAGGCAGCGGAUCUGGGCCCUGUGGCUCCUCCCCCUCCUCCUCCCCUUCCCCCUCCACCCACCUCUUGGGCUCCAGUGGAUCCCCUGUUGGCCAUCAGACAGAGGAAGGCAGCAUGCCAAGCAAAAUGUGAUCCUUGCCUUGGCACUGAUGACAUGAAGUCCAAAGCAAUGGAAGAAAUGAUGGCCCGGAUCAAAGGCGGAGUGGUGCUGCGGCCAGCAAGGAGGGACGCUGGGGGCUUGUCCAAGGUACAGACUGCAAGCAAGCGCAGGAGCACCGCCAUGGAGCUGCAGGGCCUCCUGGGCACCAUGAAGAAGCCAGGCAGGAGAGCGAGCCGGCGCAAAGGCAGCCAGAAGCGCACCGACAACCAGCUGGAAUCCAUCCUGCAGCGACGGCGGCAGAUGGUCGACUGCCCAGCCCUGCAGCAGCAGCAGCAGCAGCAGCCACCGGCCACGGCCAGAGCCCCCGGCCCAGCCACCCCAGAUCGAGGGGCCAAGACAGGCGCCCAGCCCGCUCCAGAGGCUGAGCCCCUGAGGAACCCGCCACCGCCUAGCACACAAUGCUCUGUGGGGCCCAGGGGAAGCCUCCCAGCGUAGCUCUACCUGAUGAAUGGCCAGCCUGCAGGCAGCACGGCGCUAGGCAGGAUGGGGGAGAGAGGAGCAAAUGGAGCUCCAGGAAGGAGAGGCAGCUGUGUCUCUUUCGCCACACGCACACCUCCCGCCGCCUGCUCCUUAGGAUGAGCUGCGCCUAGUGGGAAAUUGCCCACAGAUAUAUAUCCAUUAGUAUGUGAGGCCUGUCAUUGUCUAGGCAAGGUCAUUUUGUGUAGAUCAUACUUACAGGAAAGUUCAAUAAGUUAAAUAUAUGUAAUAGAUUGUGCUUGGUAAAGGGAAGUAAAAGAACAGCUUGAAAUUUGUAGGCCUUCAACUGCAAACUUUAUUCAUUUUAUGGAAUAAUUACCAUAUAUGGUAAACUUAAAUCAUAGUACAUUUGAAUCUGAAAAAGAUCUUCUGCUUCUCUUGGGCAUGCCGUCAUUUUGGAAUGAAUGAUCUGAUUAUUGAGCGUAUAAAAUCUGUUGGGAAUAUUAACAGUUAAAAUAUGGUGAUUAUAUUCAGAAAAAAUGAUGAUGAAAGAAAAACAAGUCAAAAUAAUCGACAUAGCAAUACAAGGGGAUAGCAGAAAAAGAAAUAGAAAAAAAUAACAAAAUACAAAGAUCUACAAAUUGAAAUUGUUGUGGCAGAAGAAGACCAAAAUAGCCCCAGUAGUAAUUGGCACCCUAGGUACAAUUCCAAAAGACCUUGAAGAGCACCUCAACACCAUUAGGGCCACAGAAAUCACCAUCGGCCAAUUACAAAAAGCAACUUUUACUGGGAACAGCCUAUAUUCUGCGACGAUAUCUAUAACAGCAACAACAUUGACAAUAAAAUUCAACCAUCCCAGGUCCUUGGGAAGGACUCGAUGUUUGGAUAAAACAAACCAGUCAAUAACACCUGCCUGUGUAAACAACAACAAUAACAAUAAUAAUAUCCCCCAAGCAUAUUCCAGAGUAAAAAGUCGUGCAUUCGGCUAAUUUAAGUGGUAGGAGUGUUCAUGCACAAUUUAGUAUCUAUAGGUCACUGGGAAUCAUGGCUUUAUUUCACAUAAAGCAACAACCAAUUUUAAACUGCCCCCCAUAAAGCUUUCUAGCAUUCACCGUGUUUUUUGAAAUCUCUUUUUAAAGAUAAUGUAAGGGCCAAGCUAUACUUUACAGGAGGUGCUUCUUCUUUCACAGUGAAUAGCUGUGAUAGUGGUAUAGUAGUUGGAAUAGCAGCUGUGGGGGGGAGGGAUAGAGUGGCUUUAUCACCCCCUCCCAUCCUAUCUCCUCCCCGGGUCCCCCCCGCAUGGCACGACUAUUUGUCAAGGGGGGAAAGCUCCCUUUGGGGGAGCUGCCCCCCAUACCUUGACAAAUAGGGCCAGGCCUCCUCCACUAGGGUCGCCAUAUUCUGGCUUUCCAAAUCCGAGUGCCUAAUUGGCAUAUUAUGUAAACUGGCUUGAAAAUACUUUCUGAGCAGAAGAGGGACUGCACGUUUGGCUCCAUCACUCCACUUCUACAAGGGCUGGAGCUCAGCUUUUCUUUCUUUUCUUUUUUUAAAUGAAAGCUGAAAUCCGGGCAAAUCUGGGUAGCCCAAGCAAUCUUGGUGAGAGUCUUAAAAUCUGGGUGAAACCCCGAAUUCCGGCGGGGGGUGGGGCAUGGCAACUCUAUCCUCCACCUGCUAUGAACUGCCCAAUAACCCAGCAGCCAGCACAGAAGCAAGAAGCAAGCUCUUCCUGUAUGACGUGCAGCUUGACCUUGAGAGCGAUGCUUGGCCCGCGCAGGCAGGCAUUCCCAGUUUCCGUCCCUGGCAGAUCCUGUGAAGAGGAGCUCAGCUGGGGAAGAACUCCCUAGGAGAGGUCCACCAUCUGCUGGGGUGGAGAAGACCAUUUGGGUAGGCCAGUGGAGUGCUGCAGCAGAAGUAAGCUUCGUGUACGAACUGCAACAGCAGCUUGUUAAGGAGGCUUGGCUGAGGCGGGGUGGGGGCUUUGGCUCUGCUCAGACGACCUCUGUGAGCCUGUCCUCCCUGCCCAAGCUGGCUGGCCACGACCCCCCUCAUGGACACGGGUUUCUCUGUUCCCCAAGGUGAGCUGGACAAGCCUGCUGCCACCCAGGCCCCGUCCAAGGCAGAGAAGGACCCUACUGCUGCUGCUGCUGUUGUCUGCUUCCGGAAGAAAACCGCCAGCCUGCAGAGAAGCAGGCGGAUUGCGCCCACACUGGCAGGCUGGGAGCACACCCCUAAGUAGGGGGCGUUAUGAAGCCACGUUGGGAAGACAAAGAAGGAAGGCAGUCAUGAAAGCAAAGCUCACGGCGACAAAUGCUUCUGCUGCAAGGUGUGACCCAGCUGCUUCUUGGAGGCACAACUGAAAGGGCAGGCAGAGGUACAGCCCAGGCAAAUCCAAUGCCAGUGCCCAUUCGUUCCAAGGGGCUUUGCAUCGAGGGCUUCCUCCAGCAGCAGCAUCUCCAAGUCUGGUGUUGCUGCCUCCUCUCUUGCCAGACACAAUAUCCUUCUGAAGAUACGGUGACCAAAGCUGUAUGCAGUACUCCAGAUGUGGCCGCAGCAUAGAUAUGUAUAAGGGCAUUAUAAUAUUAGCAUUGUUAUUAUCAAAUCCCCUUCCUAAUGAUCCCUAGCAUGGAAUUAGCCUUUUUCACAGCUGCCGUGCACUGAGACGACACUUUCAACGAGCUGCCCACCACGACCCCAAGAUCUCUCUCUUGCUCAGUCACCAACACAGCUCAGAUCCCAUCAGCAUAUAUGCGAAGUUGGUGUUUUUUGACCCAAUGUGCAUCACUUUACACUUGCUGACACUGAACUGCAUUUGCCAUUUUGUCGCCCACUCCCCCAGUUUGGAGAGACCUAUUUGAAGCUCCUCACAAUCUCUUUUGGGUUUCACUACCCUCAAUAGUUCAGUGUCAUCUGCAAAUCUGGCCACUUUGCUGCUCACCCCAACUUCUAGAUCAUAGGGACAUAGGGAGCUGCCAACACACCUGGCAGCUACUUGGGAACGGCCGGGUAGGGGUGUGCAUUUUGAGAUUUUCUUGUUUCGAUUUGUAUCCAAAUCGAAACAUCCCUGUUUUGUUUUGUACCCAAAUUUUCUGAAUCCGAAUCAGCCCUGUUUUGUUUUGUAGCCAAAUUUUCUGAAUCCAAAUCUGAAUCGAUUUGGAUUUUUAAAAAGGGUCCCAGGGCAAAAAGAGUGGGUGGUGGUGGUAGUAGUGUCCAAUGGGUGGAAGCUACCACCCAAAUUUCAAAGGAAUUAGGCAAAGGGCUGAUUUUUUUUGUGAAUUUUUUUUAAGUUUACACAUCUUUAAGAAUUUUCCCAUAGGGAAUAAAGGGGAUUCCAGCAUAUGUAUUGCUUCAAAUCAAGGGGAAAGGGAUGACCCAGAGCAGAGUGUGGUGGGUGGUAGUGCCCAAUGGGGGCAAGGAAACUUCCAGAAUUAUUUCAAAAGAAUUGGGCAAAGGGCUGAUCUUUUGUGAUUUGUUGAAGUUUACGUGUCUUUAAGAUUUCUCCCAUAGGGAAUAAUGGUUUCAUCAGCCCCAUAAUUCCACUUGGGGGGCACUGGGUAUGCCCAGAGCGAGGGGUUGUGUAGUGCACAUAGGGUGCCAAUCACCCCCACACCCACAAGCCUGUGGGGUACUGGGUUUUGUUGUUUCCGAGGUGUUCAUUGUAGAUUCUCUGGUAGCAUAUGAGAUUUUCAGUGAAAAACAAGAAUCCACUCUCAUAUGCUACCAGAGAAUCUACACUCAGAACACCACAGAAACAGCAGAACCCAGCACCCCAUAGGUUAGCAACCCUUCCCCUGGCCAAUGUGGGGUCAGUAAAGAGUGGGAAGAAGCAAAAGAGCCAAUGGGGAACAAGGAGGGAAUUGUCAGCAGGUCAGCCCAUGAUUUAGGUCACCGAUCAGAAGGCAGGAAGGGUGGGAAAUUCAAAGAGAUGUCACACAAAAUGGAGACUGACUCAGAGAUCACCACAAAAUGGAGGUCCGAAACAGGGACGUUUUGUUUUGUAUACAAAACUUUUGGAUCUGGAAAAUGGGUGUUUUGUUUUGUUUACAAAAAACCCGAAACAGGCUGUUUGGGGUAUAAAACGUUUUGUAUCCGAAACGUUUCGCACAUCCCUACGGCCGGGCCUUCUCCGUUGCAGCCCCUGGCUUUGGAAUGCACUCCCUGUUGAGAUAAGAGCCUCCCCAUCUCUGACAUCUUUUAAAACGGCACUGAAGACACAUUUAUUCACCCAGGCCUUUAAUUAGAACUAUGGUUCUAAAAAGAAAGAAAGAAAAUUUUAAAGGGUUUAAAAUGUUUUAAAUUUUUUAAUGUUUUAAAUGAUUUUAAUUUUUAAGUGAUUUGAUGUUUUAAAUUUUAAUUGUAAACCUCCCAGAGACACAGAUUGGGCGGUAUGGAAAUGUAAUAAAUAAAUAAUAAAUAAAAUAAA